CCUUUUGAGUUAGGGAAGGUUACGUGGUUUAUCUUACCAGGGAAUUUUUACGGAAGAUUGGAGCAGUAGAGAGGCUGAGCUUAAUUAAUCGCUAUUCUAUUGGUUAUUCCUGUUUAGGGAUAGAAUAUUGUUAAACAUGGCGCUUCUCACGCCUUUGAUUGCAUUUAUUUAUCAUCUACCAGUUGUGUACCGAUGGCUGCUGCGACCGUAUUACGUGUUUUCCGCGUUAUUGUCUGUUGCAUUUUUGCUCACUCGUAAGCUGCCACCCCUGUGUCACAACUUGCCAUCUCAGCGAGAGGAUGGUAACUCGUGUGACUUUGACUGGCGAGAAGUUGAAAUUCUGAUGUUUCUGAGUGCAAUUGUUAUGCUGAAGAACAGAAGGUCAUUCACUGUGGAUCAACAUGUUGGAAACAUCUUCAUGUUUAGCAAAGUCGCAAAUGUCAUCCUUUUCUUUCGAUUGGACUUGAGGAUGGGUCUUCUUUACCUUACACUUUGUAUUGGUGCUGCACAUAUAAAGGUGGAAUUGUCUGCAUAUUGUAUUAUGGAAGCUUGUGGGGUGGCAGUGUUAAGGUCAUUGAUAAAAAUACUGAAAAGAGAUAAGGAAGAGCUGGAGAAGGAUAAGAGGGUUACAUGGGUCGUGGAGUUCUUUGCCAACUGGUCAGCGGAGUGCCAGUCCUUUGCUGCUGUGUAUGCAGACCUCUCAUUAAGGUACAACUGUCCUGGACUUCAGUUUGGUAAAGUUGAUGUCGGACGCUAUGCUGAAGUGGCCAAAAAGUACAAAGUGAGUACAUCACCUCUCACUAAGCAGCUGCCAACAUUAAUCAUGUUUCAGGGAGGAAAGGAGGUAAUGCGAAGACCACAGAUAGAUAAAAAGGGACGUGCUGUAUCAUGGACUUUCUCAGAUGAAAAUAUCAUUCGUGAAUUUAACUUGAAUGAGUUGUACCAAAAGUCUAAGAAGGUGUUCAAAACCAAAGAUUCUCAAGAGACUGAGGCCACUGAUGUUAAUUCUGAGACGCAGCAUAUGCUGGAAGAUGAUACUGAAAGCAAGAAGGAUAAGUGAUCUUCAAAGUGGUUCCUUCCACCUCAGACACAAAUGCUGAUUCCUCCGUUUAAUACAGUCAAAAAGACUUGUUUAACUUAGUGAUACAUUCAGUACUGAUCAUAUCCAUGUCUGCAGUGUUUGAAGACACUCCGGGGCAAGAAGGAAAUUUAAUUUGGAAGAUCUGCAUAUGACAGCAAAGAUUUCUACAUUUUUCUGUAUUCUGGACUGUCAGACUGUUUUAUGUUCCAUCAGAGCAGUGCAGAAUCUAGUUUGAAUUAUGUUGAUUUUGUUCCCUGCUCCAAGUCCCCAUAGGCAUGAUUAUUUUUUUCUUCCAUAAGGUCUGUGGAAUAUGCUUGGUACAUAUUAUUGUCCUUCAUAUUCCUGCAUAGUACUCUCUGCACACUGCAUUUGAUGCUGAGGAUGAAUCUGAUGGCUUCUGAAGUGUUGUAUUUUCACCAUCUUGUUGCAAGCAAUUGGGGAAACCCAUUUACUUGUGGUUCUUGGUUAAAAAUGUAUACUUCCUUAUUCGGAGAAUGUUUUGCUGUUGUCCAGCUUUCAAUCUGUUGUAUUUUAGCAGCACUGCGUAGUGUAGCUGUUAGCGCACUGGAUUGAGUUGGUCUGAGCAUCUGCUUCUGUCUGAACUUGUACUUCCCCCAGUCUUAUAAUAUGAGAAGAUAUGCACUGCACUUUGACUUUUAGAUGAAUUUGUGGAAGGGGUUUCCAUCAGACUCUGUUUCUUUAAUUUUGUCAUUUUAUUUGUUACUAAGAGAACUUGUCAGCAGUUUCUUCUGUGUUGUUGCUUUCUGCGCUCUUCUGCAUUUGUAUUGGUAACUGGAAAGCUAAUUCCCACUGUUAUACUCAUUCUUUGUAGCAUCAUUUGGGUUUCAUUGAAAGCAGAGUUGUUACUUAAAUUUCUAUUGACGUUAUUUCCAUUGACACUGUAAAUUAAAAACAAGACAACAUAACCCAGUAUGGACCCCAUGUGGGUACUUUUUUAGUGUUGACCUCUGCACCAAAAUUCAGUUCAAAACUGGUGGACUAUAACCUAAUAAAUGCAUAUGCAGUGUACUAACACAGCACUGGAUAUUUGGAUGUAACUAUACUGCAGUUGAACUGGAAGAGUCCAUAAAUAGGUGUGUGAUUCUGGAAUUGCAAAUACUUCAUGGUUACAUAUUAAAAGAAGUUAUUGAUUUUCUUGGGUUAGCAGCAAUAUUUCUAUCCAGGUCCUAGUGAUCCUGUUAGUGUAAUAUGGAUGCUGACAUCAUUCAGUUAUUUUAGACAUACAAACCACAAUGAUACUGUGGCACAAAUUAAACUCUUUGAGUGCUGUAUACAUCCUCUACCUGUGCUGUUUUACACCGUAUUAUGCUGAUGCUGAUGAUGCUUGGGUCUUCCUGAAUCCUGACUUCUUAUGAAAUUGCUGCCCUUUCUGUCCACAUUAGUGAAUUUUAAUUACCUUUUGACAUGGUCAAAGGAGUUCUAUCCUUUUAUAAGUUAUCACAAUAAGCAUUGGCCAUUCGUGGAGCAAUAGCAGAGGCACCUCCAUGUUAGAAAAUAAAAAUGUGAAAAUUUGGUAGCAUUUGUGGAACUCUAUUACUGCAGAAACGUUUUUCUGCUUGCUGUAACAAAGGUAUGUUAUGGUAGUGAUUUGCUGUGAUCAGACAAGAGACCUGUCUGUUAAAAGACAGCAUAACUGUGAAUGGACUAAUUGAGUAUGAGUUUAAAUUAAUUUGUUCUUUAAUACUUGCACUGUCAUUUUGUAACAUUUUCCUCUGUUAACAUGAUUUAGUUGCAUGAUCUUUUUUUUUAAUUUGUUUUUACCCAUGGUGAAGCAAUAAUAAACUAUUAUUGUUUU